GGGGACGCCGGGUUGGCGGGUGGAUGAACGCGGCCCUCUGUAAUGGCGGAGCGUGGCGGGGACGGGGGAGACGGUGAGCGAUUCAACCCGGGGGAGCUCAGGAUGGCUCAACAGCAGGCCUUGAGGUUCCGAGGCCCAGCUCCCCCACCAAAUGCAGUGAUGCGAGGCCCACCACCUCUCAUGCGACCUCCUCCACCCUUCGGAAUGAUGCGUGGCCCUCCUCCACCACCUCGGCCCCCCUUUGGACGUCCUCCAUUUGAUCCAAAUAUGCCGCCAAUGCCUCCUCCUGGAGGGAUACCUCCACCAAUGGGCCCCCCACAUCUCCAGAGACCGCCUUUCAUGCCUCCGCCUAUGGGAACCAUGCCGCCUCCUCCGGGUAUGAUGUUUCCACUGCCUCCUGUGACUGCUCCUGGUACUCCAGCAUUGCCUCCUACUGAGGAGAUAUGGGUUGAAAAUAAAACUCCAGAUGGGAAGGUUUAUUAUUACAAUGCUCGGACACGUGAAUCUGCAUGGACCAAGCCAGACGGAGUUAAGGUUAUUCAACAAUCAGAACUGACACCUAUGCUUGCAGCCCAGGCGCAGGUUCAGGCCCAAGCGCAGGCACAAGCCCAGGCCCAGGCCCAAGCCCAGGCCCAGGCCCAAGCUCAGGCCCAGGCUCAAGCCCAAGCCCAGGCACAGGCUCAGGCCCAGGCCCAGGCCCAGGCCCAGGCCCAGGCCCAGGCCCAGGCCCAGGCUCAGGCUCAGGAGCACCGCCAAGCCCAGGCCCAGGCGCAAGCACAAGCACAAGCACAAGGAGUAGGACCUUCCACCCCUACGACCAGUAGUCCAGCACCGGCAGUAUCCACUUCAACACCAUCAUCCACCCCAUCCUCUACUACUUCUACCACAACAACGGCCACUUCGGUUGCACAGACAGUAUCAACACCCACAACUCAAGAUCAGACCCCAAGUUCUGCUGUUUCAGUAGCCACGCCUACAGUUAGUGUUUCAACUCCUGCUCCUACAGCCACACCUGUGCAAACCGUUCCCCAGCCGCACCCGCAGACGUUACCUCCCGCCGUUCCUCAUUCAGUACCUCAGCCAGCUGCGGCAAUACCUGCUUUUCCACCAGUCAUGGUACCUCCAUUUCGUGUUCCCCUUCCUGGCAUGCCAAUUCCACUUCCAGGUGUAGCAAUGAUGCAAAUAGUCAGCUGCCCGUAUGUAAAGACAGUCGCUACCACCAAGACCGGUGUAUUGCCAGGAAUGGCCCCUCCUAUUGUACCAAUGAUACAUCCCCAAGUUGCCAUUGCAGCUUCACCUGCUACCUUAGCUGGAGCAACAGCAGUGUCUGAGUGGACUGAAUAUAAAACAGCAGAUGGAAAGACUUACUAUUAUAAUAAUAGAACAUUAGAAUCAACCUGGGAGAAACCUCAAGAACUAAAGGAAAAAGAAAAAUUAGAAGAGAAGAUAAAAGAGCCAAUUAAAGAACCCUCUGAAGAACCUCUGCCAAUGGAGACAGAAGAGGAGGAUUCUAAAGAAGAGCCUAUAAAAGAGAUAAAGGAGGAGCCCAAAGAAGAGGAGAUGACUGAAGAAGAAAAGGCUGCUCAGAAGGCAAAACCAGUAGCUACUACCCCUAUUCCUGGUACUCCAUGGUGUGUUGUUUGGACUGGUGACGAGAGGGUCUUCUUUUAUAAUCCUACCACUCGUCUUUCUAUGUGGGACCGACCUGAUGAUCUGAUUGGAAGGGCAGAUGUUGACAAAAUUAUUCAGGAGCCCCCUCAUAAGAAAGGGAUGGAAGACAUGAAGAAACUAAGGCAUCCGACCCCGACAAUGCUGUCCAUCCAAAAGUGGCAGUUCUCUAUGAGUGCAAUUAAAGAAGAACAAGAACUAAUGGAAGAAAUGAAUGAAGACGAACCUGUUAAAGCAAAAAAACGGAAGAGAGACGAUAAUAAAGACAUUGAUUUAGAGAAAGAAGCUGCCAUGGAAGCUGAAAUUAAAGCUGCCCGAGAAAGGGCCAUUGUCCCUCUGGAGGCCCGAAUGAAGCAGUUCAAGGACAUGCUGCUAGAGAGAGGGGUGUCUGCUUUUUCAACAUGGGAGAAGGAGUUGCACAAGAUAGUUUUUGAUCCUCGGUACUUACUUCUGAAUCCUAAAGAGAGAAAACAGGUUUUUGAUCAGUAUGUAAAGACCAGGGCAGAGGAAGAACGCAGGGAAAAGAAAAACAAAAUAAUGCAAGCCAAGGAAGACUUCAAAAAAAUGAUGGAAGAAGCAAAAUUUAAUCCAAGAGCUACUUUUAGUGAAUUUGCAGCUAAACAUGCUAAAGAUUCAAGAUUCAAAGCGAUCGAAAAGAUGAAAGAUCGUGAAGCCUUGUUUAAUGAAUUUGUGGCGGCUGCAAGAAAGAAAGAGAAAGAAGAUUCGAAGACCAGAGGUGAGAAGAUUAAAUCGGAUUUCUUUGAACUAUUAUCUAAUCAUCACUUGGACAGUCAGUCUCGAUGGAGUAAAGUCAAAGACAAAGUAGAAAGUGACCCACGUUAUAAAGCGGUGGAUAGCUCAUCCAUGAGAGAAGACCUUUUCAAACAGUACAUUGAGAAAAUAGCCAAGAAUUUAGACUCAGAAAAAGAAAAGGAGUUGGAAAGGCAAGCCCGCAUCGAGGCAAGCCUUCGAGAACGAGAAAGGGAGGUUCAAAAAGCUCGUUCAGAACAAACAAAAGAAAUAGAUCGAGAGAGAGAGCAACAUAAACGAGAAGAAGCUAUUCAGAAUUUCAAGGCUCUUCUGUCUGACAUGGUACGUUCUUCAGAUGUGUCAUGGUCUGAUACUCGGAGGACUCUCCGGAAAGAUCAUCGCUGGGAAUCUGGAUCAUUAUUGGAAAGAGAGGAGAAGGAGAAGCUUUUCAAUGAACACAUUGAAGCACUUACCAAAAAGAAGAGGGAGCACUUUAGGCAACUUCUGGAUGAAACUUCCGCAAUAACCUUAACAUCUACGUGGAAAGAAGUAAAAAAAAUCAUUAAGGAAGAUCCUCGGUGUAUUAAGUUCUCCUCCAGUGAUAGGAAAAAACAAAGAGAGUUUGAAGAAUACAUCAGAGACAAAUACAUCACAGCCAAAGCCGACUUCAGGACUCUCUUGAAAGAGACCAAAUUUAUAACAUAUAGAUCCAAAAAGCUAAUCCAAGAAUCUGAUCAGCACCUGAAAGAUGUAGAAAAAAUUUUGCAGAAUGACAAACGGUAUCUAGUACUGGACUGUGUGCCAGAGGAGAGGCGAAAGCUGAUUGUGGCAUAUGUUGAUGACCUGGAUCGCCGGGGUCCACCUCCACCUCCCACAGCCUCAGAGCCCACGAGACGAUCAACAAAAUAA